AUGGAGAGUAAUAUUGUUUUUUCUGAGCUAAAGCCUGGCAAACUGAAAAGUGUGAAAGAGGGAAUUUUCAAAGAAGUCCAAGCAAAGAUUCACUUAAGAGGGAACAAUUGGAGGCCAAUGAAAUAUAACCAACACCAAAGUAUGGUAUAUAUGGUAGCAAGGCUGGACAGGGAGUAUGCAGACUUGGUCAGGGUUUUCCAUGAAAUCAAGGCAAGGGAUCCAGAGUUUAAACCAGGGACGCUGUUUGACUUUGGGUCAGGAACAGGAUCUGUAAUGUGGGCUGCAAAUACCGUGUUUAAGAAUUCGAUCUGGGAGCAUUUUCUUGUGGACAACUCUGUAGAAAUGCACGAUCUAGCUAAGCUACUGCUUCAUGGUGGCGACCCAGAUGGCAAACCACACUUCAAGAAUGUCUACUUCAGAUACAACAUGCCAGAAACACUACGGUAUCAAAAUGACCUGGUAGUGAGCGCCUUUUCUCUAUUUGAGUUAUCCUCUAAAAGUGAGAGACUGGAAAUCUGUGAACAGAUGUGGAAAAGGACGAAACCUGGAGGAUAUAUGGUCCUCAUGGAGUUGGCCUCGAAGACUGCUCACACUGUUAUGAUGGAGGCUAGGGACCACAUCCUUAAA